AUGGGAAAUGGUAUCUUCGGAGGACGUAAUGACGAUGAGGAGGAGGAAGCUGCGGAGCAGAAGGCCUUGGAGAAAUGGAGGCCCGAGCUCUUCGGGCACGCGGUCACGGUGAAGAAGAAAUUCCAGGCCCAGGGAUCGCAGGAUGACUUGAGCAUCGACGGUGACGACAUGUCCGUGGCUUCGUCCGUCAGCCAGAUGGAGGAGGAGAAGGAAGUUGUUCGCGCCGAGGAGGAGGCUGCAGAUGAGGACGAAGCACAAGAUCAGGAAAAGGGCUCGCAGCAUGAAGGCUCGCACAAAGAGGGAGCCGGAUCGGACAGCGAGGAUGGGUUUGACCCAGAAGAGGAGGCAGCUGCAAAGAGGGAUGAGGCUCGCAGGAGAAAGAAGAUCAUCGUGCGCAUGGAAUUCGAGCCACUGCUUUCGCUCCACGAGCCUCUGGGUGCCACAGUGGAGGAGCCAGCAGAAAUCUUCUCUGUCGGCAAAGGUGGCAAGCGGAACAAACGCCUUGAGGAGGCAGCCCUGGAAGAUGCGAAGGUUGCCUACCGGGCCAAGUCCAAGGUAGCUGCAGGCUGGCUUAUUGAAAUGGGACUGGAGGACUGCCUGCUGGCAGAACUGGCGCAAGGUGUUGGAGAGGAUCCAAACGAGCUGCGCUUUGCACUCGAACAGAGCAAGCGCUUCAUAGUGGAUGAUGACUUGGUGGUAGAGAAGACUCUGGUUCAAAAAGUUUUUGAUGUCAUGGAAAGUGAUAUUGAGACAAUGACAGAAGUGCUCAACAAGCUUGGAGAAGCAGAAGAGGCGGGUGUGCGACUGGCUGUCAGAGACUCUCUUGGAGAGUUGAAGAUCAGAGUGGCAAAUGACAUAGAGCUUAUCGAGCGGGUGGAUCCAGAGGAAGAGCAGCGAGCCAGGAGGGAGGACGAGAAAGUACAGAGGGCAAAAGAGAAGAUGGAACGCAAGAAGGAGCUGCAGAAGCGCAGGCGAAAGAGAGGGAGAAAGGGUGAGGAGGAGCAGGAAGCGGAGUCGGAAUCUUCUGAUGAGGAUGGUGGCCCUCAAGACGUGGCGGACAAGAAAGCAUUGGCGUUUCGAAGGCUGCAGGUGCAGAUCAAGAUCGAAGAGUUUCUGAAGGCAUACACCCGAGGUCAGAACCUUGUCAAGAUCAAUGCUAAAGGGAAGAGGUACGCCCGGCGUGUCUAUGUUGACACUGCCAAGAGGGCUCUUGUCAUCCAGGGUGCAAACGGUCCGAAGUUCUUUCCGUUUGCUUCAAUGAAGGAGGUGGACCUGGAAACCCGCACAACGAAGGAAGGCCGUGUCGAAACCCUGGUAAUCUGUGCUAUCGAGAAGGAUGGCAGGAUCGUUAAGGAGCUAACGCUCGCUUUCCCAGAUCAGUCCAAGGCCAGCACAUUUGUAAACUGCGUCACCUUGUUCUCUCUAGCUUUGCGAAGGAAGCAAGAUUGA